CUCUCCUCUCCUAACCCAAUCUCACAAAUCCAAUCCCAACCAACAAUCCUCCACCUGUCUCACACACACCACACACAGUGAGAACUGAGCCAUGGCUGCUUCCUCUUCCUACACAGUCUCUCUCAACACCAACACUUCCAAUCUCUUACACCCUCAAUUUCAGAAAAGCAGUUUCCAAGGGGUGUCAGUUCAAGAAGGGAAAAGGGGUGUGUUCAAUCCACUUGUUUUGGAGGGAAUUGGCAGUGUGACGAGUGUGAAAAGGAGAGGGUUUGAGAUCAGUGCAAGAGCUGGAACUGCCAAGAAUAUUGAGGUUGAGGUUGAUAAGCCAUUGGGAUUGACUCUAGGCCAAAAGCAAGGUGGUGGAGUUGUCAUCACUGCUGUCGAAAACGGAGGGAAUGCAGCACGAGCCGGGCUGAAGGCUGGGGACCAAGUGCUCUACACAAGCAGCUUCUUUGGUGAUGAGCUUUGGCCUGCUGAUAAGCUUGGAUUUACCAAAACUGCCAUUCAGGCUAAGCCUGAUUCUGUUUAUUUUGUUGUCAGCAGAGGGGCCGAAGUUGAUGUGAAAAGGCUACCUAAGCGUCCCGCUCCGCCUGCAUUUGGGAGGAAACUCACCGAUUCGCAAAAGGCUCGUGCUACUCACAUUUGCCUCGAUUGUGGAUACAUUUACACCCUUUCAAAGCCCUUCGAUGAUCAACCGGACGAGUACGCGUGCCCGCAGUGCAGAGCACCAAAGAAGAGGUUUGCAAGGUAUGAUGUGGAGACAGGGAAGGCUAUUGGUGGAGGUGCAAAUUUGCCCAUUGGAGUCAUCAUAGGCCUUCUUGUUGGUGUUGGUGGUGUCGGAGCUUUGCUUGUUUAUGGCCUUCAGUAAUACAAUUAUUUUCUAUUACUACUAUCAAUCUUUUCUUUUGUCACACCUCUAUUAAAUUCUUCCAAAUAUAUAUACAAACAUCUUUGACAGAUA